CGUAUUGUGUCUACGAGUAGUAAUCAACUUCCGGUGACGGUGCACGUUAUGAAUGUUUUGUCUUGUUGACAAUUUAUUUGUUUAAAUAAUACAUUCAAAAUGCCAACUUUCAAAGUGAAUGUAAAAUGGGGUAAAGAAAAAUUUCCAGCUGUGGAAUGUAACACAGAUGAACCACCAGAGGUUUUCAAAGCCCAGCUUUUUGCAUUAUCUGGUGUUCAACCUGACCGCCAAAAAGUUAUGAUGAAAGGAACAGUUCUAAAGGAUGAUGACUGGGGUAACAUGAAAUUAAAAGACGGAGCUACUUUAUUAAUGAUGGGUACAGCAGACGAACUACCUAAAGAACCAGUUGAAAAAACAGUAUUUAUGGAGGACAUGUCAGAACAACAGUUAGCGACAGCUCUGGACAUGCCAAGUGGUUUAACUAAUUUAGGAAAUACCUGUUACAUGAAUGCUACAGUUCAAUGUCUUCGAUCUAUACCUGAACUAAAUCAGGCAUUAAAUAGGUAUACUGGUGGAUUAACUGUGGGUGGAGCCAUAGCACCUUCAGAUUCAAUAACAGCAGCCUUACGAGAUCUAUAUCAAACAAUGGAUCGAUCAGGAACUGCAAUUCCACCAAUAAUAUUCCUUCAAAUACUUCACAUGGCUUUCCCUAGAUUUGCUGAGAAAAGUGAUGAAGGUGGAUAUCAGCAACAGGAUGCUAACGAAUGCUGGACAGAAAUAGUACGAAGUUUACAACAGAAACUUCCCGGUGAGAAUGAGGGUCAAAGUUCAAGUGCAGGAUCAAUUCAAGGGUUUAUAGAUCAAUAUUUAGGUGGAGAAUAUGAAACUACUAUGAAAUGUGUAGAAGCAGAAGAUGAAAUAGAAACAAAGGGAACAGAAAAAUUUUAUCAGCUUUCCUGUUUUAUAGAAAAAGAAGUAAAGUAUAUGAAUACUGGUUUAAGAUCUAGGUUACAGGAAUCAAUUACAAAGAAUUCUCCCACAUUAGGUCGAGAUGCAGUUUAUACUAAAACUAGUAAAAUAAGUAGGUUACCAGGAUAUCUUACAAUACAGUUUGUCAGAUUUUAUUAUAAGGAAAAAGAAUCUAUAAAUGCUAAAAUCUUGAAGGAUGUGAAAUUUACGAUGAGUUUAGAUGUAUUUGAUUUAUGUACACCAGAAUUACAAGCUAAAUUGGUACCAAUGAGAACUAGGUUUAAAGAACAGGAAGAUAAAUUUCUAGAACAAUCUCAAAAGAUUAAACAAAACCCAGGUGAAGAAAAAAAAGUAGAGAAGAAAACAAGAAAAGAACCAUAUAGCUUUGAUGAUGAUAUAGGAUCUAAUAAUAGUGGUUAUUAUGAAUUAAAAGCUGUACUGACGCAUAAAGGUCGAUCUAGCUCCAGUGGCCAUUAUGUAGGCUGGGUCAGAAGGAAGGGAGAUGAAUGGCUUAUGUUUGAUGAUGAUAGAGUGUCACCAGUCAUGUCAGAAGAUAUUCUUAAAUUAUCUGGAGGAGGUGAUUGGCAUUGUGCUUAUGUUUUACUUUACGCACCAAGACGUUUAGAAGUUGAAGUUGAGGAUGAACCAAUGACAAGCUGAGAUUAUCUACAUGGGAUUUAACAUUAACAAAUAGUCCAAGGGAAAAUGGGGGGGAACAAAGAAAAAAGACUUAUUAAAUAUUUGAUUUAAACAGUGUUGGGUAAAAUCUGUGAUUGAUGAUGAAGACAGAUGGACUGGAAGUAAAAUAAUUGAUUUAAUUGAACAAAGACCUGAAUAAUUUUGAUCAUUUUGUUUCAUUUCAUAAUAAUCGUUAAUUAAAUAUUUACAUUGUGA